AUGCUUCAAGUUACACAACCGCGAUAUAACGCAACAGAGCUGUCUGAAAAGGAUAAUUUAACAAACCCCAAAAAAUGGACAAUUCUUCUUACUGUUAAUGAAGCUUUCUUUGACUUUUUUGAAAACUGGUGGUUGUAUUUUCGAAAACUGGAUCUAACAGUUAAUGUGAUUGUGAUAGCUGAGGAUGAAAUUGUUUUCGCAAAAUUAAAGGAAAAAUAUUCAAGACCUUUAGUAGAAAUUAUCCGGAGCUGGAUUAUAAACAUUUCAUCUCCACUUGUUUGGAACAGUAUUGGUUACAGACAAAUGGCCUCGGCAAGACCAGUCUAUAUUCUCAAGUAUUUAAAAGAGUCAAUAAAUAUUCUAUACACAGAUGUUGACACGGUAUUUCUGCAAAAUCCAUUCAAGUAUUUCACAGGUAAUUUUGACAUGUGGUCGCAGUCAGAAGACAAAGGCAUUUGUGCAGGAUUCACAGCUUACAGAAGCAGUUCAAGAACAGUAAAGUUAGUAGAGAAUUGGUUAAAACGACUAAGUAAACGCUUACAAAUAAAUCAACCAGCUCUAAACGAAGAGAUCCGCACUGUUGACGAUUGGGCUAGAUUUAACAAAGAAAAGCAAUCACCAAAUAUGCUUGUAUAA